GGUGCGGCGGCCUCCCCGCACUGAUAGUCCCGGCUGGCGGCCGUACCGCGGGUCUGCGGCAGCUGGAGGAGCUGAGGGGGCACUGCGGAGCUGGGCAUUGCGGGGUCUGAGCGCCGGGCAGGGCGGCGGCCGCGCCUCCGGUAGCACCAUGGAUCACCGGUGCUAUGGAUGUGCGUCCAAGUUCUCUGUCUUCAAGAAAGAGGCAAGUCCGCCGGAGGGGGGCCCGGACCGACCGGCCCGCGGGUGCCUCCCCGCAGUGCGAGGGUCUGAGAGGGGAACCGGGGACACGCUGCCCGGCCCGCGGCGUGACCUGUUGUCCUUCCGUGCCCUGUGAGUCCUCCUGGUGCCUGGUCUCAAUAUGUCUUCAAUGUGGGUGCAGGAGCUGCGGACGGUCGUUCUGCUCGGGCUGCCUCAGCUUCAGCGCUGUUGUUCCCCGCUGUGGAAGCGCUCAGCAGAAGGUGUGCAAGCAGUGUCACGGAAAACUAACUGGAGAGGGAUCUCAAAGCAAUUCAGCAAAAUGGUCACCACCAGAAAACUACAAAAGGCGUGUGGCAGCUUUUGAGGCCAAGCAAAACCAGCUGAGAGAACAACAGAAGGGAGCUGCAAAACCCCCAGCUCAAGCAGGCUCUGGAUACCAGAGGCUCUCAAAAGAGGACAGAGCUAUUGCAGAGAGACUGGAGAGACUCAGGGAGGAAAGGAAACCGAAGUCCAUCCCCACUCAGGCUGAGAUUGAAGCGAGGCUGGCUGCCCUGAAGGAGGACUGCUGGGGACCUGUUCCAUCCACGCAGGAGAUGGAGGACCGGUUGGCUGUCCUGCAGGGGAGAGAUCCUCCUUCCCAGGCUCCCAGACCUGUACACCAGCCUCCUGAUACCAGAAGUCUGGUCCAGCAGACAGAUGACCUCUUAACUCAACUGUCCGAGGAAGUUGCCAUUGAUGAGCAUUACAGACCAAGAGUCCAGCCUCAAGCUGUUAGUAGCCAAAGUCUGAAUGAUCUCAAUCGGGACAGUGAAGAUUGUGUUUGCCCUGCAAAUCUGGACUCAAAACAGCUAGAGGAAGAGAAGAAUAAACUUCUGGCAGAAGCUGCUGCUGAACUGCGGGAAGAGAACACUAGGCAGGAAAAGAUCCUGCAAGUUGCCAAGAGACUGGCAGCGCUCAAAGGCGAGGACCCAGAGAAAGUUUCACUGGAAACCUAUAAACUCCCUGACAGCGACGAGGAAGUGGCUGAGGAGGAAGCUAUUCGCAGGGUGCUAAAGCAGCUCACAGAGGAAGCAGCCCUGGAUGAAGCAAGUGGAUUCAACAUUCCUCCUGAUCAGACCACCCAACCCUUGCAACAGAACCUGCAUAAGAAAGCAAAGCAAAAGAGCCAGACUCCAGCAACCACAGUUUUUGCCAGGGCAGAUGACAGUGAUGAGGAGGAGUUACCAUGGUGUUGCAUCUGCAACGAAGAUGCCACUUUGCGCUGCCAUGGCUGCGAUGGGGACCUCUACUGCCAACGCUGUUUUCGUGAAUGGAAAGAAAGAAGUCUUGAUGAGGUCCUGAGAACUGUAUUCAGUGCUCCUCAGCCAGCAUGGAAAUUCCUAGAAGAAACUAAAGGAACGACAUUUUGUCCUGUUCCCCAGGUUAAUAUGCCCUUUGACAAUCAGGAAAACGUGCAGUUUAGCUCUCUGCUGUGUGUGUAGCUCUGGAAGGAGUGGAGACUUCAAACCACUGGUACAAAGUUCACAAACCUGGUGGUGUUUCUCAGUGACCGUAAGUUCUAAACAUACUCUGUAGUGAUGUUGCUGAUCAUGGUUUUUGUGGGGAAAAUAUAAAUUUCCUUCUGACCAAAGCUGGGUAUUCCAUGUGGGCAAGGUCAUUUCUUCUGAGGAUUGAUGACUCUUCGGAGACCUUUCAAUCGACUAAGCAAUUCCGUAAUGAAGUCCUACAAUGAGAAUUGGUCAAAGAAAGGUAUCAUAUUAAUUCCAGUGCUUACUAUCCAAAGAGUACUAUGGUGCUUGCAUUAUUCCCACAUUCACCUUCAUGUUGAGCAGAAACAGAAUUUUGACAUGUAUUGAGUAAAUCUGUCUUUUAGCUUAGGGAAGGAGACCUUUUGAUGGAUGAGAAGGGUCUAAAAGCCCCUCUAUUUCCUUCCCCCUGGCUUCCUCUGGAGCAACCAUGUUUACUUUCUCCCCAGGAGCCAGCCAACCCCUCUUCAUCCCAGAUGCCUGCUUUACUACCUUGAGAUGACCUCAGGAUGCUGUUGUCUUUUGUUAGGUUCCACUCUUUCCUCUUGCCAACUAUAACUUCCUGCCCACUUCUGCUGCUCUCCCAAUCCGGGGCAAAGCAAGCUGUCCCUCUUGUUGGACCUGUAAAGCUCCAUGUUGUAGAUUGCGAACCAUCUCGGAUCUGUGCCAAUUCUACAAGGAAGUGGCUGGCAGAAAAGAGGUGGAGCAAAACACACGUAGGACUAAUGAUAACCUGGAGCAGGGGUUGCGGACAGGCAGAGCAGGUGAUGAGCAGUUAAUGGAGAUAAACCCUGACUGCUUUGCUGACACAGCCAAGGACUAUGAACUGAACCGAACCAUCUGGUUAUUCCAAGUAGAAGUCAGUGUGACUAGUGCAAAGUUUACCCCCUGCAUGACAAUAUCACCAUGAAGGAGUGGGCAGCCUUUCUUCACCCAAAGAGGUAGCUACAUGUCUCUGUAAUUAGGCAAGGUCACUGGAAGUAUUACAGCUUGUUACCAUUUGUGCUGCGUGGAAGCCCCACUUCCUCAGUUGGGUGAGGAGAGGUUGCCUGCUGCAGCAUGCUCUGGAAGUACAUGCCUAGGAUCACACAUACCUUUUCAGUCAGUCCCUUCAGAGGAAACCAGUUUGUUUUCUAUGCCUGCUUUCUACAAAUACCCUGUUUCCUUGAAAAUAAGACAGGUUCUUAUACGACUUUUGCUCCGAAAGAUGCUUACUUUUUACAUGCAUAGCUGCCUGGACACUAUUUAAAUUGACUUUUUUAAUUAACUGUAACUAGGGCUUAUUUUUGGAGUAGGGCUUAUAUUUUGAGCAUCCUCAAAAUCCUGAAAAAUCAUGCUAGGGCUUAUUUUCGGGGAAACAGGCUAGGUUGUUAUGAUCUUUUAAGGGGACUGAAUUCAAAGUCACCAGGGUGAGAGUACAUACUUUUGCAAAUGGGGCAGCAGUAUCUGUUUGUAGUUAGCAAGUACCAUACUGUCUGCAAGACACUUUCACAGCUCAUGAAUCAGUAGAGCAAACUCUUGUCAGUUUUCCCUCUGGGAAUACGGGGUCUUGCCCAAUAUCUGAAAUUCAGACACUCUGAAAACUAUUCUCCAUUGCCAACCUUGUCUGCAGAACCCCUGCUAGCAGACUAUCUGUGAUGAUUACUACAGUCAAGUUUAAUUUCUAUGAUAGUCGUGCAUCCACCUAAUUUUCUGUACGUGCAUCACUGUACGGCUGCAUAGGCUUGACAAGACAUGGAGCCCGAUGACUGAUGACCAAGCACAAUGUUCACAUACAGUGGAUGUAACUGGAGCAGUGAUGGGGGACCCCAUUUUGCACAGGUAUGCACUGCAGCAAAGGCAAUUGUUGUGUGAUCUGUGCCCAACACUGCAAAGUACUGAGCUCCAAUCCUUUUGACAUUGUGACAGCUUGUGGGAUUUCUUUAACCAACUCAAAACAGCACUUGUAACGUUCACAUGGGGAAAAAAAAAAUAUGUAAAACUAACUGCUGUGGCCAAUGCCCAAUCCAGUCUCGUGGCCAUCCUACAUUCUUCUCAACCGUAACAUUUAAGUGGUUUAAGCCAAGAAUGCAUUUAGCUAACAGUGUGCAAGAGGGUUAUGUGAGCUGUAUCACUAUCUAUGACUUUUCUAGAGUGAGGAUCAAAUAGCUACUCAGGCUCAUCAGCUCAGGGUGACCAAAACAUGGAAUGUUGGCUGUAAAGUAUAAUCCGUUAUUUGCUCCCCUGCUCUGCCAUCAGCUUACCCAUAUAGAUUUACAUGUAUUUUUCUAACACAGCAGAAUAUGAAGUGGCAAAAACCUCCCAGUGGGUACGAAACCAAUAUGCAGUGUCAUGUUAGGCAUAGUAAUAUCAGCCAUUCAGCCAAGCAGCAAUGAAGACACCGUGUAACAUACAUAUAUUGAUGGUGCUUCACUCACCUCUGUCGGGCUGGAGCACUCAUGGAGGAUUUCCUAAAAACCAAAGGUGAGUCAUUUUAGUAUUUUAUGAGCUGACCUAUUCUCCCCUCCCUCCAAAAAGGGCAGGUAUAUAAUUUUACUGCAUUUGGCAGGCUGAGACAUAAGGAAGCAGUGUGCCAACACUGCAUACCUGCACUCUGUACCCACACACCACAGCUGUUCUUUGUGAAGGAAGUCCCUAAUGUAAAGUCACCAUGUCCCUCUAUCUGACCUGUAGUUUUAAUUUCUGUUCUUCGUUAGGGACCUCCAGGAGAUCUUCAAGAUCAAUUUGUGGUUCAGGAGCUGCUGCCUCUGUUUCCUCUCUUAGCUAAAAGGAAAACAGAAUACACAAUUAAUAAACCUUCAAAAUUUAAGAACUCUAGAGGCCAUCUUUGAAGCACUGAGCAGCUGAGAAGGAACUAGUUACAAUAAAACCAUGCUGCAAAGUUGAGGCUAAGAUACAAAUAAUGUCAAAAUAAGGAGCUUCUUAUAAAGAGGGCACAGAUUUCAGCCCCUCUGUGGUGUCUGCUACAGCCACACAUUGUUCGUCUUUUCCCACCUCAACACUUAAUAAUGCUGCUCAGGCAUCAUGAUCCAUCGUGAGAAGACCCUUUCAAGAAUAUCUAGCUGCAAUUGCCAACUGCAGUGCAAUGUAGGCCACCUGGGGCACCUCUCAUCUAUGAAAGCGCUCUCAGGUUCACCAAAUGGAAAUUUAGCGGGCUUAAUCUUAGAAAGGCACAACUAAUACAUGGAGAUUUUAGGCUUUUAGGCUCUAUACGUUCACAUGGUUGAUACUUACACUAAGGGUUUUUACAGUAACAGAGAGAAAAAGAAUUACACAUUUGAAAGGCUUAACUUAAUAUUUUGUCAACUUUCUCUAACAGACAUAACAGGGAUAUAAUAACCUCUAAUGUAAGAGAGACCUCAAGCUUUGGUGAUUUGAGUAUUAAUCUUGUAUGUGGGUGCUAAUUGGAAGCAUUUGUAAAUGUGGUCAGACACAUUUUAACUCCACAUGUCUCUACAAGACUGUAAGACAGGCAGGCUGUGGCUUCCAGUGUAUUUGUAAAAACCAUUAUUUGACAACGCAACACAACACUAGUGAUAUUUUAAUGUAGUAAUCAGCAGAAUAAGGAUACUGCGUAAACAGUGCAGUACCUAAUUGCUGGAUAACAUUUAUGGAAGUGUAUGUAAAACAAACAAUAAAGGCAAUACUUACGGGAAAAAAGGAAACUACUUCUGAGCAGCCUCUGAUACCAAACCACAGAGGAAAUAGAAAACCUUUGUUCAGCUUUGUUACACAGCUGACUUGACAGUAAGUAAUAAAGCAGAGUUAAAUAUA